AUCAGGAGCGCACGUUUCCUGCCCGGGGGAAGAAGCCGAGCGCGCUCUGAUCGUCGCACUCCGGCGCCGGCGGGGUGGAGCGGGCUGGAGGCGGGGAGGAGGCGCCGCGGCCGCCCGGACGGACAGGGGAGCUCGCGCUGCCCGCAGCCCCGGCCUGGCCUCCGCCCUCUUGCGCACCGCAUCUCUCCCGCCGAGAGAGGCGUCGCGAGCCGCGCGCGGGGGGCUCCGGCGCGCACCCUCCUCCUCCUCCUGCUCCUGCAGCCCGGGGCUUGUGGGCGCGCCGGGAACAAAGGAACGUCGCCCGGCCCGCGCCUCCUUCCUGCCGCCCCCUCCCGGUCCCGGCGGAAUCCCGACGGGCGCUGCAGCGGCCGCGGUGGGCGCCCCGAUCCGCCCUCCCUGCCCCAGGCUGGAGACGAUGCCUGCGCUGCCGCCCGCGAGGCCCCGCGGCCGGGCUGCGCUGCUGCCGCGCUUGCUGCUCCUGCUGCUGGCCGGCCACGUCGCGCGGGCUCAGAACUGGAGGAAUGAAAAUUAUGAGCAACCCAUUGACCUGGAAGGCUCUGGAGAUGAUGACCCCUUUGAAGACGAAGAAAUUGAGGGAACAGAGGAAUACUACUCGGGCUCAGGAUCAGGGUAUUUUGAGCAGCAGCCCGUGAUCAAGACGGUGGUGCAGCUCACCACGGCUGCCCCUGUGCUCCUGGCCACCACCGCAGCUGGUUUGCCCACCACAUCAGUGCAGCCCGUAGUCACCCCCUUUGCGCCACUUCCAACAGAGGAAGCCACCUCCAGCCCGGCAGUGGGCAGCCUGUCCACCACCAGAACGUCCGAGGCCGCUGCCGGCUCCACCCAGCGAGCGGCCAGCACCGCCACGGUCCAGGACAUCGCUGCGACCACGACGACCGCCACCACCGCCUCCAGCACUACCGCCACACCCAAGCCGACGACGGUCCAGGGAGCCUUGCCCCCCUUGAUCACCGUGGUAGCCACCACACAGGCCAUCACCCUGGACCCGCCAACCACUGCCACCGUGGCCAGAACAGAAGUCACUGCAGCCCCGCUGGUGACCACCAGCAUGGCAAAGACUAGCACUGUCCCACAGCCCAGCACUUCCCCGGAGCCGGACCUCGGGGAGAGGAGCAGCACGGUGCUGCAGCCCGAAAGUCCUGCGGCACCCACCCAGCCGAGCCAGGGAAAGCCUCUGAAUAUGACCCUUUCCACAGCAACGAACAAUGAGCUGGAAGUCCCCAUCAGCGGAGACUUUGAAAUCCGUGAGGAAGAGGACACGGCUCAGACAGAACUCAGUAAUGAGGUUGUUGCCCUGGUCACCCCAACAGCUGGACCAGGGCUGCGGAAGAAUGCCGAGCCGGGGCUCAUAGACAAUACGAUAGAGUCCGGAAACUCUGCUGCACAGCUUCCACAGAAAAAUAUCCUGGAAAGAAAAGAAGUGCUUAUAGCUGUGAUUGUGGGAGGAGUUGUCGGGGCUCUGUUUGCGGCCUUCCUGGUGAUGCUGCUCAUCUACCGGAUGAAAAAGAAAGACGAGGGGAGCUACACUUUGGAGGAGCCCAAGCAAGCGAGUGUCACAUACCAAAAACCUGACAAGCAGGAGGAAUUCUAUGCAUAAACCAGAACCUCGAGUGCCUCGCUAAUUCUUUCUGCCCUGAAGCCGUCCUUUUCGUAAAGAAGCAAAGCAAAACAAAUAUCUCUUUUAUUCACCCAGACUCUUUCUCUCUUUCUAAUCAAGUCUGUGAAUUUUAACAAGAUGGAUCGAAGAAACUGACAGUUUUAAAAAGUACUGCACAUUUUUUAAAAGGAAAACCCAAGUCAAAUCUUGUUCCAGCUCACAGAGUGUUUAAAGAAACCUUUGUGAGGAGCAAGCAGGUAGCACCCUCGUGGCUGUCUCCGUUGGAUGAAUGCUCGAGCUAGCAGCUUUGCCAGGGAUGUCCUGGAUUCGCACGUCCCUCAGGACUAGAGCCUUAUCUUUAAAAAGUAAACAUGAGGUGGACAGUUUCGGACUCUGGCACUUUGCAAUACACUUCAAGACAAGGGUCUGACUCAUCCCAGAGGCUCACAGCCAAAUCAAUCAAUUGUGCUGGAGCGGGGCUUGCCGACUGCUUCACAGGGGUUCUCCCAGGGUCUGCGGAAAGCACCUUUUAGGACUGUGCAUCACUUCCUUUCCAAGAGCACCUCCCUCUGUCCCAUUAUUGUUCACAACCAGACACUUGAAAGCUGUACGCCUGCAGCGGGAUUAUCCGAAAUUCGCAGAGGUUUCCUGUUAAGCCUUUUGCCAAGGUUUAUUCAGCUGGGCUUCACUGUGACACUGAAAACUUGACUUGUGCAGUAUUGCAAGCUUAGUCAGAUGACCGAGGAACAUGUUUUAGGAUGUUAUUCUUGGGGAAACAGAGAUACGUGUGUGUGUGUGUGUGUGUGUGUGUGUGUGGAGGUCGGGGUGAGAAUGCAAGCUAUCUUCUAAGUACAUAGGAAAGAGAUCCUAUUUCACAUAUCUCAACAAGUGCUGUGGUCAUUUCCUUCUUUGACAGGGUUGUGGGGGAUACGGGAAAGGCAAGAGCAGAGCAAUAUGAGACCAUAAUGCACUUAGGCAAAUCUUUGGGCUUGCAUGACUGUAAAUAAAUGGAAGCGUGGGAAAAGGAGAUGCUAGAAGUACAGAUGUAGUUGAUGUGGGAAGUCUUGUAUCCCCCAAAGCAGUAACUCCUAGGUCAGACCCAAGCAGGCAAGUAUAGCAUCGCACAGGACUCUGACCAGUCAUCAAGUUAUCUUUUCCACUGACAAGUUGGGGGAAGGAUGGGUGUCUGCUCCCAGAUCUGCGGACGAUUCAGGUGUGAAUGUUGCAGCGGGCCAGGAGCAAAAUUUCUGGUUGAUAAGGAUAAAUUGGAGCAUUGGAUUGUAUGCAAUAAAGCCAAGUAAAGCAAA